AAUCAAACAGAAACACCAGCAGAUAUAAAUAGGGGCGGAUCCAACUAAUUGUCAUAUUACGAGUAGAGUCAUAUACUUUUGGAACUGAAGCAAAAUCACAACAGGAAGAAGCAGAAGAAGAAACAGCAGCAGCUGCCUCACUACCUAGUUCAGGUCGAUUUAGUGUGUAGUAAUGGCGAGGAAGAUGCUGAUUGAUGGUGAGUUGAGCAAGCCAAAUGAAGAGGAGGCCCACUACGACUUCGACUUGUUUGUCAUUGGGGCUGGGAGUGGUGGUGUUCGUGCCUCCAGAUUUUCUGCUAAUAUGGGAGCUAAGGUUGCUAUUUGUGAGCUUCCAUUUCAUCCUAUCAGUUCUGAAGUGAUUGGAGGAGUUGGUGGAACAUGUGUCAUUCGUGGUUGUGUUCCUAAAAAGAUUUUGGUAUAUGGAGCAGCUUUUGGCGGUGAAAUUGAGGAUGCCAAGAACUAUGGGUGGGAAGUGAAUGACAAAGUUGAUUUCAACUGGAAGAAACUUUUGCAGAAAAAGACAGAUGAAAUAGUUCGAUUAAAUGGCAUAUACAAGCGUUUAUUGUCAAAUGCUGGGGUCAAACUGUUUGAAGGAGAGGGUAAGCUAGUUGGUCCCAAUGAGGUUGAGGUGACACAGCUAGAUGGCACUAAAUUGAGCUAUUCGGCAAAGCAUAUAUUGAUUGCAACUGGUAGUAGGGCGCAUCGAACUGGUAUUCCUGGUGAGGAAUUGGGUAUAACAUCUGAUGAAGCAUUGAGUUUAGAGGAGUUGCCUAAACGCGCCGUGGUGCUUGGUGGAGGAUACAUUGCGGUUGAGUUUGCCUCAAUAUGGCGUGGGAUGGGCGCUUCUGUGGAUCUAUUCUUCAGAAAGGAACUUCCAUUGAGAGGGUUUGAUGAUGAAAUGAGGGCAGUCGUUGCAAGGAAUCUGGAAGGUAGGGGAAUUGAUUUACACCCGAGAACAAAUUUGACAGAGUUGAUAAAAACGGACGAAGGCAUAAAAGUAGUCACAGAUCAUGGUGAAGAGCUGAUAGCGGAUGUUGUAUUGUUUGCCACUGGUCGGCUUCCCAAUUCAAAUAGGUUGAACUUGGAAGCUGUGGGUGUGGAACUUGAUUCAUUUGGAGCUGUGAAGGUGGAUGAGUAUUCACGUACCAAUAUUCCUAGCAUAUGGGCUGUCGGUGAUGUCACAAACCGGGCUAACCUUACUCCUGUUGCUCUAAUGGAGGGAACAUGCUUUGCAAAAACAGUUUUUGGUGGGGAACCUAGCAAACCGGAUUACAGAGAUAUACCUUGUGCAGUUUUUAGCAUACCACCUCUAUCUGUGGUGGGGCUUAGUGAAGAACAGGCAAUAGAGCAAGCCAAUGGCGAUGUACUAGUUUUCACAUCAACCUUUAAUCCAAUGAAGAACACUGUAUCAGGACGGCAAGAAAAGUCAGUUAUGAAGCUUGUUGUUGAUGCUGAGACGGAUAAAGUCCUAGGAGCAUCGAUGUGUGGGCCAGAUUCACCCGAGAUUUUGCAGGGAAUUGCUGUUGCACUGAAAUGUGGAGCCACCAAGGCACAAUUUGACAGUACAGUUGGAAUACACCCUUCUGCUGCAGAGGAAUUUGUGACCAUGCGUUCUGUGACAAGGCGCGUUGCUGCAGGUGGUAAACCAAAGACAAAUCUGUAAGGUUUUAAAUAGUAGGAUGAAAGAGGAUUAGUAUACAAGAUCUGGUGGAGACGGUCCUGUACUCCCAAGCCCUAGGUAGUCCUUUUAAAUUACCUAUAGAAAUGGGAAAUUUAAAUUAGUUGAUUUUGUCCAAAUAAAAGCUUCACAUUACCGAAUAGAGCAAAUACGUUCCAAGGUUUGCUGGUUUCAUGAA